AUGCUUCAUCGCACCCGACUUUCACGAGGGCCCACCGUCAUCGCUGGAGCAUUCAUCUCCGUUCACUUUAAAGGCCUGGGAGCGUAUGACUAUCCUUCCUCCUUAACAUGGCCACCACCGCAGGAGGAUGACACUGAGGAGCGAAGGGAUGGCGUUUUGCGAUCUCCGGCGGCGCCUUUGGAAACUCCACAACUCACUGUUCGGAGUGCUGAGUACCACAGCCAUCGUCGGUCGCCGUUUUCGGUGCUGCGCAGCCGGCAGUGUUGUGUGGGCCGGUGCGCUUCGGGUGUACUACCCACCUCGUACAACACUGCGGCGGCGCCGUCCGCCGGUGGCAGCAGUCCCAAGCUAGGCCCGUGUGGGGACCGCCUGUGCUGCUGCAGUGCACUCUUCUACCCAGUACUGCCUUCCUACUCUUCCUCGCCCUCUGCGCCAACCUCGACGUCCGCCCCGUCGUCGUCCGCGGAGGAGGGCGUGUGGCGGGCGCGAGACGACUUUCUAUGGGCUCUGAAGCUCGCCGACGUGGAGCGGCUGCUGCGCUCCACCAUCACCGAGGAGGUCUAUGGGCGGUUGCUGGGCAGCACGGGGGCCACUGCAACCGUUGUUCUGACGUGCAAUGACCUCCUGACCGCGGCACAAAGGCGUGCCGAGGGCCCCAGUGCAGUGGCGGCCUCGGCUGCGUCAGGGGCAUCACUCCCCGCUAUGAGUGCAUAUGUGGCACGGCUACUGCUGAGUGCCGAUGAGGACAACCGAAUCAAGUGGCUGCAGGAGGAGUCGGCCGCGGUGGAGCACCGCGGCUACUACGCGCGUGCGCCGUCGCUGCGCGCUUUGCUCGUCAUGUGGUCGGUGCAGCAGCAACAGCAGCGCUUGCGAGCGGCUGCCCUGGGUGGUGGCGAUGUUGCCGCAGGUGAUUUGCCCCACGGUGACGUUACCGGCGCAGACCCACGUCUCAGCACUUUGGCCGCGGCGAGAACACCGAGCUUUCUUAUCCCUCCUCCCACAAUGAUGGAUAUCCAGCACAUCCUCAUGCGUAUGGAGGAGCGACAUAUCGAGGUAACGAUGUCCGACAUUGCCGCUAUCGCUGCCAUCGGUGCGGCUUCGUCUGGCCCAGGAACGUCGAUUCCCUCUGGCGAGUUUUGGGGGAUGAUUGCGCGCCAGCUGCAGCCUCAACGACUCGCUCAGGUGCUGAAGGCUCACGCAUCAACGCCGUCUCCAUCCGCCAAUGACAGCGGCGCGUCGUGCGAUGAGGCGCUCGCCUUGCAGCACGUGCUUAUUCUGUCUCUGCUGCUGCGCUACAUCUCAGUCGCAAAUGCAGAGCUACCAUCUGCGUCCCCAGCGCCCUCAGCUUCGGCGUCGGUGUGGGCCUCCUCCUCCACCGCUUCUUCCGCCUCGGGCUCUGCCAACUCAAUGCUGCUGCCCAUAGCCGCCUUCGAAGCAGCGAGUGAGGUAAUUCAGCUGCGCAGGCUCCUCACGGUACCACACGAGGGCGACAAGGCUACAUCUGAAGGAUCGACCCACUCAUCCACACCCCCUUCCGCUGCUCACGAAGCCCUUCUCACAUUGUGUGACGAGGUGCUGAAGCACGCGUACGCGCUGGCUGAGCGGUCGCAGAUUUCGGUGACGAGCCCGGAUCUACCGGAGCUGACGGCGUGGCUGCUACGAGAAAUGGUAACAAGUGCGGCGUGCGAGUUCCACUUCAAGCGCCUCGUGGACCGAAGCAUCAAGGAGGCCCUGAUUGCACUAGAGAAGAGCGGCCUCGUGAACAGGUCCUUGAUGAACCUCCAGGUGGUGGUGCGUCGGGUGCUGCCGCUGCUGGAGAGCUGUGGUAGUGAGGACCUGUACACAUCGGUGCUGAGCGACGUCUUGUCUGCCCUUGAGGAGAAGGCUCGACGGGACCGGUACGCCUUCACUCAGGAGGACACGCUCUAUUUAGCAGAGCUGGGGGCGAAGUUGUUCGUCAGUGACUCUGCUGACAGCACGGCUGGUGGCUACGGCCUCUUCGACCAGACAGCGCGAGGUCAGAUGGAGGAGCUGCACGUGAUGGACGGGAGUCCAUGGGCACUGUGCGUCUUGUCGUACCACUCCCUGAAGGAGAUGGUUCAAGGCAUUAUCCGCGACCAACGGCGACUGAAGCAGCAGGUGCAGGAGCAGCUCCGGCAACUCUCUAGUUCCAACACCCUCUCUACCGUGAUGACGGGAAGCACCGAGGAACAAGGUCGUCGUCACGCUUGCUCGGAUGGUAACGGGGCCCGUGUCUCCUCCCCCUCCUCGCCUCCAGACUCUGAAGCCAGUUCUACCGCCCGCGGCGAUGCUGUUAUUGACUUCAGUGCCGGCAGUGUUGCCGCUGAGACCACAGGCAAGGAAGGCUUCACUACAGCGAACGCCGCUGCUCCUUCCGAUACCGACCCCACACCAGCUCCAGCUGCUCCACCGCGGAUCUCUGUGUCACCAAUGCUGCGGCAGCGCUUCCUCAUACUAAUCGAAGAGCUGGUCAAGGCGCAGGUCGCUGAGAGCUCACGCGACUCGGAGCGGCCGAUUGUGGUGAGCACGGAGCUCUUCGCCUUCGUGACGCAGCACGUGCCGGUGCCGAACAUACAAGACGAGUACCGCCGCAAGAUCUUUCUGCUGGUGAACGUGGCCGAGGCCCCAGAGACGACCCGCCGCCGACUCGCUGAGCGCAAGGAAGAGCUGCUGCUCUCUCUAGAUGGCAAGAACCAGAAGAGACGCCGGCGCCGGCACGUCAGAUGCGACACCACUGUCAGUGGCGCAGCUGAGGAGGAUGCAGGCAGGGAGGAUGCACAUGCGGGACCAGGCUCGGAGAGGGCAGGCAGGGACAACGACCCCCACGGCGGCGCGAACGACAUUCCCGCGGAGCUGCGCUUCCUCGUCAGCUCCCUCCCACUCACGCUGUCACCGUGGGCGAGUGUCAUGAUCUUGCGCGAAGUGCUGGCUGAGUCUGCCGGUCGAAAUCCUCGGUACACAUAUGUGCUCAACGCAGCCAUUGAUCUGCAGCUGCCCAUCUCCACCACCCGGUCCCGCAUUGCAACAACGCUGAACAUGUGGCGCUUCCUCAACACCCAAGCACACAAGCUGAGCCUGAAGGAGAACGUAAUGAUGAAGCAGCGGUGCGCGUGGAACUUGCCGAUGGCGUAUGUGCUGUCCUCGUACUGGUCCCUUCUCACGUGGCUGUUCCUCGCGAGCAUCAUUAUGCUCAACGUGGUCGGCAUCGACUUUGAGUCGCAGAUUGUCGCGAACUCGCUCUUUCGGAUGUUUACGCCAUGGGAAGAGAUUUGCGCCCCGCAGACCGCCGAGGACAAGGACACGUGGACCACGCAAGCGGUGGCUGACUUGGCAUCAGACUACUUUGAGCAAGCUGAGAUAGCCGAUCGGCGUCGUGAAGAGCAUGGACUCAGCAGCACCGACGCAUUUCUCUCCUCGGCCUCCUACUUGAUCCUCGGCUACGAUGACCAACGGCGGCCGAUGACUGUCAUCCCGAUCGGCAGUGACCGCACCGCACCAGCUGAAGACCGAAUCUCUGAGGAGUAUGCCGCGGCAACAGCGGUGCUGCGUGAGCUGUCGCUGCAUACUCCGUUCCCCUUUUUUCUCGACAUCGAGCGACCGCUGCCGAUGGAGUACGUGGAGAGUCGCAUCGCGGAGCGCAUUCGGCGCGUGUCCAACGACAACACAUGGUUCCUGCCGCGCAUGGUCAUUCGCACCUUCACGCUUGGCCGCCAGUACACGGAGCACAAGCUUGUACUCCACACCUGCACACAAGCGAACCUAACACGGCGUCGAAUCACAUUCCUGCUGUACGUGCACGACGGCGUCCCCGUCACCCCACAGUUCAUCCAGAGGCUAUAUGACAGCUUCCUCUCACGGCACGCGAACUUGGUCUUGGUGGUGCACGAGUCCAGCCUUCUCAAGGGUGGUACUACGCCUGUCGCUCUCGCCAAGGUCGGUCUGCCAAGUACUGUUAGCGGCACUUCAGCAACCAUCGCGUCUGCGGCGGCUGAGAUGAUAGACGCCGUGCUGCCCAGUGAUCUCAGAGACCCCUUGUCCUUUUCUGCAGCCGCGCCAGCAGGGCACCCCAUGCGCGUGCUACCGUACUGCCGGCAGUACUACACCAGCAACGGCAGUGUCAUCCCUGGGCUUCAGCGCGUGGCAGAUGCAGAGCGGCCGGAGGGCGGUGGAGAUGCAGUGGAAAAGACUUGGUGGAUGUUUGCGUUGAGAUCAGUGCGUCGGUGGUGGGAAGGGCCGCUGGCAGGAUCCGACGCCUCCUCCUCCGCCUCCACUGCAGCAGCGCUGACGGCCUGCCUGCCGCUCUUUGCGUCGGCCUUCAGCAGUCGCCGCACCUCUCUCCACCGCAGUCGAGAGCGGCAGUGCAAGGAGGCCGAGGAGGAGGCUGCUGCGAACAAGCAGAGGCAGAGCAGCGGCGGCCGCAUGUUCGCAGUCGCGCCCUGGGUGACCUGGUGGCGGCACACGCUCUCUGGCGUGGCCUCGGCGACCAUAAGGAUGAUGCCCGUCCACCGAAACGACGGGUGGGAGGAGGAGGCGGAAAGGGAUACGGAGGCCCCACACAGAAGUGCUACCACGAGUCCCACCAAUGAGCCGCCACCAUAUGAGUGGUCGCACUCCGAUCAAGCAGCAACGGCUGCUGCAGCAACAGCAGCCACGGAGGACGAUAGGGAGACGGAGGCAGGCAAGUACGGUGUGUCUGUCCCUGUUACUGUCCUGCGCCGUCUCAUGUCGGGCGCGUGA